ACCCUCAGGUCACCAUUUCGUCUUCAUCACCACCAUCAAACGAUUUGAAGGAGAAAAAGCCCCAAAAAGCCCCCUCCCUCUCUCUCUCUAUCUGCUUUCUCUCUCUACGGGGGCGCCAAAAACCCUACAAUCGAAUUUUGGAUUGGGGGAAUCGGAGAUUCAGAUAUUGAGAUACAGGCCAUACCGGCGACACACAGGUGUACUGUACUAUCAAUCAAAGCGAGGAGAUACGUACACAGGUCGAUUGUUUUAUGUGCGAAAUCGAGUUCGGUUUGAUGUCCAUGGAGCUCCAGAACACUGUGAAGGAGGCCCUCAACGCGCUCUACCAUCAUCCUGAUGACGGCACCCGGGCGCAGGCCGAUCGGUGGCUCCAGGAAUUCCAGCGCACUAUCGACGCUUGGCAGGUUGCUGAUAACUUGCUCCAUGAUGCAACUAGCAAUUUGGAGACCUUAAUAUUCUGUUCACAGACCCUGAGAAGCAAGGUACAGCGAGAUUUUGAAGAACUUCCUUCUGAAGCUUUUCGCCCACUGAGAGAUUCAUUAAAUACCUUAUUGAAAAAGUUUCAUAAAGGCCCUCCUAAAGUCAGAACUCAGAUUAGCAUUGCGGUGGCUGCCUUGGCUGUACAUGUUCCUGCAGAUGAUUGGGGAGAUGGUGGUAUUGUGAAUUGGCUACGGGAUGAAAUGAAUUCACAUCCUGAAUUCGUGCCGGGAUUUUUGGAACUACUUACAGUAUUGCCAGAGGAAGUUUUCAACUACAAAAUAUCUGCUCGUCCGGAAAGACGCAGGCAAUUUGAAAAGGAGCUGACUUCUCAGAUGGAAGUUGCAUUGAGUAUCUUAACAGCUUGUCUGAAUAUUGGUGAACUUAAAGAGCCGGUGCUUGAGGCUUUUGCAUCUUGGCUUCGACUGAGGCAUGGGCUCCCUGGAUCGGUCCUUGCUUCUCACCCUUUGGUGCUUACAGCACUAUCUAGCUUGAAUUCUGAGCUUCUAUCUGAGGCAGCUGUGAAUGUUGUUUCGGAAUUGAUACACUACACCACAGCAGGAAGCUCUGGCGGUGUUCCGGUUCAUAUGCCUCUAAUUCAAGUCAUUGUGCAAGUAAUGAGUUUAAAAGCACAGCUGAGAGAUCCUUCGAAGGAUGAGGAAGAUGUGAAAGCCAUUGCUCGCUUAUUUGCCGACAUGGGAGAUUCGUAUGUCGAGUUGAUUGCAACUGGCUCCGAUGAAUCAAUGAUUAUAGUGCAUGCUCUGUUGGAAGUUGCUUCACACCCUGAAUAUUAUAUAGCUUCAAUGACAUUCAAUUUUUGGCACAAUCUUCAGGUUAAGUUGACCAGAAGGGAUUCCUAUGUUUCAUUUGGGAGUGAAAUCAUUGAAGCUGAAAGGAACCGCAGGUUGCAUAUUUUUCGGCCAGCGUAUGAGUCACUCGUUUCUUUGGUCAGUUUUCGUGUUCAAUAUCCCCAGGAUUAUCAAGACCUUUCCCAUGAAGACCUCAAGGAAUUUAAACAGACUAGAUAUGCUGUUGCGGAUGUUUUAAUAGAUGCUGCAUCGGUUUUGGGUGGUGACACUGCGCUUAAGAUUCUUUACGUGAAGCUUAUGGAGGCUGUUGCAAGUUAUGGAAAUGGUGAACAAAGUGAGUGGCGUCCAGCUGAGGCAGCAUUAUUUUGCAUCCGCGCAAUAUCGAAUUAUGUUUCCGUUGCUGAAUCUGAAGUUAUGCCUCAGAUUAUGGCAAUGCUUCCAAAACUUCCUCAGCAACCUCAACUACUUCAAACAGUGUGCUUAACAAUUGGAGCAUAUUCAAAAUGGCUGGAUGCUGCAUCAAGUGAACUCUCUAUUUUGCCUUCACUUAUAGACAUUCUCAUGAGUGGGAUGGGAAAAUGUGAAGAUUCCGCAGCAGCUGCAGCUCUAGCAUUCAGACAUAUCUGUGAUGAUUGUCGGAAGAAGCUCUGUGGAUGUUUAGAUGGUCUGUUUCAUAUAUAUCAUAGAGCAGUGAGCGGGGAAGGGCUAUUCAAGGUCUCCGCUGAGGAUUCAUUGCAUCUAGUUGAGGCACUAAGCAUGGUCAUAACAGAGCUUCCUCCUGAUCAUGCAAAGAAAGCCCUAGAGGCAUUGUGCUUGCCUGUUGUGGCGCCUUUACAGGAAGUUAUAAAUCAAGGUCCAGAAACUUUGGAGAAGAAACCUGCACGAGAGUUAACAGUUCAUAUCGACCGGAUAGCCUAUAUAUUUAGAUACGUUAAUCAUCCUGAAGCCGUGGCCGACGCUAUUCAUAGACUGUGGCCCGUUUUCAAAGCCAUUUUUGAUCUUCGUGCUUGGGACAUGCGGACGAUGGAGUCUCUUUGUCGAGCUUGCAAAUAUGCUGUAAGAACUUCUAAGAGGUUUAUGGGGAUUACAAUUGGAGCAAUGCUGGAAGAAAUCCAAUGCCUAUAUCAGCAGCACCACCAACCUUGUUUUCUAUAUCUAUCCAGUGAAGUAAUUAAGAUUUUUGGUUCCGACCCUUCUUGUUCAAGCUAUUUGAAAAACUUGAUUGAAGUGCUAUUUAAGCAGACCACCUGCCUCCUUACGAAUAUUAAGGAAUUUACUGCAAGACCAGAUAUAGCAGAUGAUUGUUUUUUGUUAGCUUCUCGGUGCAUUAGAUAUUGUCCUCGACUGUUUAUACCAUCUGAAGUAUUCCCAUUUCUUGUUGAUUGCUCUCUUAUUGGGAUCACCGUACAACACAGAGAGGCCUCAAAUUCCAUAUUGACCUUCCUAUCAGACAUAUUUGAUCUCGCAAAAUCGGGUAAAGCAGAACAUUAUUUGUCCAUCAGAGACAGUAUUAUUAUUCCACGAGGAGCUUGCAUCACCAGAAUUUUGAUCGCUUCAUUAGCUGGAGCACUCCCCAGCUCGAGAUUAGAGACAGUGACUUACGCUCUACUGGCAUUGACUCGAGCAUACGGGGCCCAAGCGCUGGAAUGGGCCAAGGGUUGUGUCUCAUUGAUUCCGUUAACAGCGGUGACGGAGGUGGAGCGCUCAAGAUUCCUUCAGGCCUUGUCUGAAGCAGCCUCUGGGGCUGAUGUUAACUCCCUGAUGGUCCCUAUAGAGGAGAUGUCAGACGUGUGCAGGAGAAACCGGAACGUCCAAGAAAUCGUCCAGGGAUGCCUGAGACCGCUCGAGUUGAACGUGGUCCCUGGGAUUUCCCAGUGAAAGAGGAAGAGCGAUUGCCAAUCACGGGAUCGGCCAUUUUGCUCAGGUCUCUUCCCGUGUUUUCUGAGUCUGUGGAAUUCACUCGUCUACCUUUUGUGUAUAAUCAAUCCCUUUGUAAUUCAUUUGCCAUGUGUUCUUCUAUUGUUAGCACAUUCUCCGAUUUUUUAGGAGAAUCUUUCGAGCCCCUUUCAUUCAUAUCCGAGUCGGGAGAGGAUGUGAUGCUCGGCUCUUUACUUUUAUCCCUGUAUAUUUAGGACGGAAGAUGUGAGGUUUGAUUCUACGCUUCCGAUGGUGUGAGUUUUCUCGGUUUUCUUUCGUUUUCUCACCCCAAUUUUCUGGGGCCAAAACUAUGGGUAUAGAGGUGUAACUACUUCCCUUUCCUUCCAUAUAAUGGAAAAAGAAAAUUCAAGCAUUGGA